AUGACAUCCUUUGUCGCCUCUAAGCCUCAGAGCUGGCGUCUCACGGCUGACUCAGCCAAUGCCGUCCAAGAACACUUUCUCUGCUCCAACGACCCGUCCCUAAUUCAGCUCGACGCUCUCCACGAGGCCAUGUCAUCUGAGGUUCUCUGGUGGGCCACGCCCCUGACGCCUGACGCCCUCGCGGCCGUGGUGACCACUAGUGUCUGUCUGGGCGUCUAUCACCAGACAAGCACCAGCGAGGAAGCCGGCCUCGGUCCCAUGAUUGGUUUUGCACGCCUCAUCACGGACCGGGCCACGUUUGCCUACCUCACGGACGUCUACAUCCUGCCGGCAUACCAGCGCCGCGGCCUUGGCACGUGGCUGAUGCGUUGUUUGCGAGACAUGCUUAUGGGAGACGGCGAAGUCGCGGCCAAGCCUGGCUGGAAGAACCUCCGCAGCCUCUGGCUGGUUGCUAGCACGCCAGCAGCCGCCCGCAUGUACGAGACCACACUCAAAGCCCACACUGUUGCGCGCUACCGUGCCAUACCGGGCAAGCCGGACAGCGGUAUGAUCAUGCUGGAGAUGAGUGGCCCGGGGAAUGCGUUUGAGCGGAAAAAGAACGGACAGCGACAGCACGCAGUCGUGGAAGCAUAG